AUGUCCAUAAAACACACAACUGAGAAGGCAUUACAAAUGCUAAGGACACUCCCCCGUGUCACGAUUGGAAAUAUACGCGAUAAUCCGCAGUCAAAGCAAAACGCAAAACGUGGUCGUGGACAACACGGAGGAGAUAAGCACGGUGCGGGUAAUAAAGGAUCAGGCCAACGACAAAACUAUAUGCGCCUCGGAUACGAAACAGGAAACACACCAUUUUAUCUCCGCUUUGGUUACGAACCGUACUACAAAGGUCACCAUCUGAAGCGUGAGUAUCCUCCGAUCAGUCUACAUCAGCUGCAGAAGCUCAUCGAUACGGACCGACUGAGCACGGGGACACCCAUCGACCUAACGAGCAUUUGCAACACGGGUUUGUUUGCGAUCAGACCCGACCUGCUUCACCAUGGCGUCCAAUUGACGGACGAAGGGGCGGACGAUUUUAAGGCGAAAAUCAACAUCGAGGUACAGCACGCCCCCGAACCGGUUAUUGCGGCCAUCGAGCGUAACGGUGGAGUAAUUCGUACUGCCUACUACGAUCCGCACAGCCUUUACGCGGUUGUGAAUCCCAAGAAGUGGUUUGAAAAAGGUGUUCCCAUACCGAGGCGCAUGCUGCCACCACAGGACGCAGUAGCAUACUACACCGAUGCGCGCAACCGUGGCUACCUGGCCGACCCGGAUCAAAUCAGCCAGGAGCGGUUGGUACUGGCCCAGAAGUAUGGUUACACAUUGCCAAAAAUUGAAGACGAUCCGGACUACGCCAUGCUGACGGAAGUUAAAGAUCCACGGCAGAUUUUCUUCGGUUUCAACCCGGGUUGGGUCAUAAGUUUAAAGGAUCGUGCAAUUAUCAGGCAAAAGCUGUGA